GCAAAAAGUCUCUCUCUCUCUCUCUCUCUCUCUCUCAUUUGGUUAGAUCUCGGAAAAAUUCUAAAAGAUCAAUUCCUUGUCGAUAAUCUCCGUUCCGGAAGAAGUUUUGAAGGCUUGAUCGAUAGAAAUUUGAUUGGCGAUGUCGAUGCUUGAUGCCUUCUUCAGUAAGGGUUUCAAAGGAGCCAAAUGCAAAACACUGCUGAAGCUGACGAUUCCGAGAAUAAAGUUGCUGCGGAAUCGGAGGGAGAUUCAAUUGAAGCAUAUGCGAAGGGACAUUGCAAAGCUUCUUGAGAAUGGGCAGGAGGCCACUGCCCGGAUUCGGGUGGAGCAUAUUAUUCGGGAGGAGAACAUGAUGGCAGCACAGGAGAUCAUUGAGUUGUUCUGUGAGCUAAUUUCUGUCCGCCUUCCCAUAAUCGAGUUGCAGAGAGAAUGUCCUCUUGACCUUAAAGAAGCAAUUUCCAGCAUUUGUUUUGCUGCACCAAGAUGUGCAGAUUUACCUGAGUUGCAGCAAGUUCAGAUGUUGUUUGCAGCCAAAUAUGGCAAGGAAUUUGUUACAGCUGCCACUGAGCUCAUGCCAGAUUGUGGAGUCAACCGGCAGAUAAUUGAACUGCUAUCAGUUCGAGCUCCUUCAGUGGAAACAAAAUUGAAGUUGCUGAAGGAAAUUGCUGAAGAGCAUGAGUUAGAUUGGGAUCCAUCUGCCUCUGAAACCGAGUUUCUUAAACCACAUGAGGAUUUGUUGAAUGGACCAAACCACUUUACCAAUGGAUCUACAUUGCCUCUUCCCGAAGAGAAACACAAUGAAACAGUGUCUUCCAGCCUUGCAGAAGAGUCUCAUGAAGAGUCGGAUUUGGAUGCAGGCUUUGAUUCGUUAGAUCUUCCUGAAGUUCCAAAAGUUUCUGUCCGUUCGACAUCUGAUAUUCCCUCAGCUCCAGAAAUGGUUCCACAUGUACCAUCCUCUCCACCACAUGACUUCGAACUUGAUCAGGUCAACAAAUAUACUUCAAGUGAGAUGUCGCAUGUUCCCCAAGUGGAGCCUGGAGAAAAUAAACAGGAGGCAUCAAUUGCUUCCCCCUACACCCAGCCUGAUGUUUCAGUUGCCUCAAGGGAAGGCAAACAGUUCGUCCCAUUUGUUUCUUCACCAUCAUUUUCUUCUGAUCAAGUGUCUGCCAAGCAAACCGAGCCAGCACCCUCUCCCCCAGUAUUUUCAUCUGUUUCAGUAUCAGAGAGGCAAAGUGGGAGAGCUCCGUUGUCCUCAUUUUCUUCUGCUCCAGUAUCUGCGAAGAAAAGUGAGCCAGCUUCAUCCAUUUCCCUGAGUAACAGAGACGGCAAUGGAGACUUGCAGGAUGUACUGGCUGCUGCUCAGGCUGCUGCUGAAACUGCUGAACGAGCUGCAGCAGCUGCGCGUGCUGUUGCGAACCUUGCACAUGUUAGAAUCACAGAUCUUGUAACGAAAAAGAACAGUGGGAGUUCUGAAAAUGAAUUCAAGGGGGAAGGUUCUCAUCGACAGCACAUGACUGGGAAAUCAGUAUUUGAUCAUCAAGAUUCUUUUGAUCAUAUGAACAACAUUUUCGAGUCAAAGUGGGGAUUGAGUGCGGCAUCUCUUUCUUCUCAUGAAGUGCCCAGGAUGGAAGAUGAGUCACCUCUUUCACAGGAACGAAUGCCUGAGCUUCAGCCUGCUUCUGUGCCUCAGCGAUCAACCUCGUUGGAGGAUGAUCCAUACUUUUCAUACCCCAACCUGUUCACCUCACAGGACUCGAAUCAAAAAAUCAAUUAUUCAUAGUUAAGUAGAUGAUUCGAGGUCUGCCCGUGAGUUCAGAGUAUGUUAUCAGGAGUAGCCAGUUUUUUCUCAUGCAAGCUGAACAACUACUUAGGGACAUCCUCUUUGUUCUAUAAGCUGCAAGGCUUAAUGGUUCUUCAAGUCGAUUGCAUAGUAUUAGUAUACCUGUCUUUGCAGGUGACCUUUUAUGUAUAGUGAAUAAAAGUGGUGUUUGUUUUUAAUAAUUAGUCCGGUUGAUGUAACUUUUGAAUGGUUUUUUGACUGUUGCAUUUAUAAAUGCUCUGCUUUUUCUCGUUUGGCUUU